AUGUGCAGUAAUAAGAAAUUGCUCAUGACUGCUUUGCUUUCAGUGCUGCUACUCUACUUCAUCCACACAUCAGCAGCUGCAAGCAACUUUGAUUGUUGCCUCGGAUAUACACAAAGUUCCCUUCCACCUAAACUUCUGGUAGGCUUCGCUGAGCAGCAUGCUGAUGAAGGUUGUGACAUUGAUGCUAUCAUAUUUUUCACAAAGGAAAGAGCUAUUUGUGCAGACCCAAAGAAGAUAUGGGUAAAAAAAGCAAUGCGCAUCCUCAGACUACAUCAAGAGAACAAGCCACACAUUGAACAGAAGAAGGUGGAAACAUUAUCAGAGGGUCUUAAUGAAGAAACUCCAGGACACAGGAACUAA